CAGUGACAUUUUUGUUCCGCUAAUGUGAGCUGUAGGCUAUGUACAUGCCAUACGAAGUAGAUUUUGUACUGUCUAUGUCACUCUACAAUCAUACAGCGUCAUCUACUGGUGCAGUCCUCGAAUUGCGACCAAAUCGGGGUUUUUUCUCCUUAUUCCAAAGAACAUUCGUGUUUUGAAAAAGUAGAAUAAAAUAAAUAAAUAAAUAAUAAAAAUCGUGCGUAUAGCUCUCACUUUAGUUAUCUAUUUGUAAUUGAAAAUAUUUUUACAUUAAAAAGAGUCCAUAUUGAAUAGGCAUCCCUAAGUUAUGCCAGAAAUGUUAGCCUAUUUGAAUACAGGCUAUUAACGCCAUACCACUCAAAGGACAACAAAGCCCAUAAAGCACUGCGGGCGCCGUCUCCACGCUUGUCACUUGACAGCUACAACAAGCGUCGCGGUUGUGUGUACGUUUCCAUGGGGAGAAGUCACGCACACACGCGCGCGCGCACCUUGUAAGAGCUCUACGUUCGUUUUAUCUGAAGCUAUCAGCAGGACAGCAGCCAAGGAAGGGACUAACGACCCUACGUGGUGAGUUUAAAAUUCAACUACAUGACUGAGAUCCCUACCUUUUUACAUGGAUCAGUUACUGCAAAAUGAGCUUUAAACUCCAAGGAUUGGUUGACAAAGACAAACACUGGCCAAACUACGAUCUUUUCUUUUGGGAAAAAAGAAGUGAAUUCUGGCUGGGGAAACAAAGACUGAACAACACUUGAAGGAAGAAGAAGGAUAUUUGAUUGAUGAAUCGGCUGUGUUUUUCUACAGCCCAUCUCACACAAUAAUAAAGUUAGCUGAUAAAGAGGCUGAUGAAACUGUUUUGAGAAAUGAUGAAUCGCUACACCACCCUGAAGCAGCUGGGUGAUGGCACCUAUGGCAGUGUGAUGAUGGGAAGAAGCAAUGAGUCUGGAGAGCUUGUAGCCAUCAAAAGAAUGAAGAGGAAGUUUUAUUCAUGGGAGGAAUGUAUGAACCUAAGAGAAGUAAAGUCACUGAAGAAGCUGAACCAUGCGAACGUGGUGAAACUAAAAGAGGUUAUUAGAGAGAAUGACCAUCUCUACUUUGUCUUUGAGUACAUGAAGGAGAACCUGUACCAGCUUAUGAAGGACAGAGAGAAUAAAAUGUUCUCAGAGAAUGAAAUUAGAAACAUCAUGUUUCAAGUGCUGUCUGGGUUGGCUUUUGUACAUAAACAUGGUUUCUUCCAUCGAGACAUGAAGCCAGAGAAUUUGUUGUGCAUGGGUCCAGAACUGGUCAAAAUAGCAGAUUUUGGACUGGCCAGAGAGAUCCGCUCCAAACCUCCCUACACAGACUAUGUAUCAACGAGAUGGUACCGAGCUCCGGAGGUCCUGCUCAGGUCAUCUACCUACAGCUCUCCCAUUGACUUGUGGGCUGUGGGCUGCAUCAUGGCUGAACUGUACACACUCAGACCCCUUUUCCCUGGGAACAGUGAAGUAGACGAGAUAUUUAAGAUCUGCCAAGUCCUGGGCACCGUCAAAAAGACCGACUGGCCAGAAGGUCACCAGCUAGCAACUGCCAUGAACUUUCGAUUUCCUCAAUGUGUUCCGACCCACCUGAAGACCCUUAUUCCAAAUGCCAGCAAUGAGGCUAUUACCCUGAUGAAGGACCUGCUGCACUGGGACCCCAAAAAAAGGCCCACUGCUGCACAGGCCUUGCGUUAUCCUUACUUCCAGGUGGGUCAGGUCUUGGGGCCACGCCCUCAGAGCCAGGAGGUCAAGAAAGUCCAGAACAGGCCGCUUGCUCAAAAACAGGCCUCUGAGUACAAAGUUGAACUGCAGCAGUCUUCCUCUGAGUCUAAAGCCUCCACAACCUCCUCCAGAAACCAUCAACAGCCUCUGCAGCAGAUCCCCUUACCCCAGGCUGAGAGUAAACCUGGAGGCCUCAGCCAUGCAAAGGCGCUGGGCAGUGAGAACAAUGCUGGUGGCGUCGGGACGGGGGCGCUGAAGAGCGGUCGCCGUCGCUGGGGCCAGACAGUGGCCAAGACCUCAGACAGCUGGGAGGAAUCUGAUCGUUCAGAAACAUCCGCCUCCAACUCCAAGAAACCCAGCCUGGUGAAUACAGAGGAGGAGAAGAGCCCCAAGGACCAAUGUCCACAACACCAGGAGCAGAAACCUCUAUACUCCUUCAGCACCGUUACCAAGCUACCAAACAAUGUAAAGACUGGCCAAAUGGACUCUAAUCUCCCAGGAUCUGCGGCCCGCCAACACUAUCUCAGCCAGUCUAGAUACUUGCCUGGCUUGAUCGGCAAGAAUCAGACCUCCUCUGGAGAAAAGGAGCUGACUGGCAUGACACUGCGGGACCUGUGGGAGAACUCCUCAAACACUGUAAAUAAACCACUUGGUCCUAUUGGGGGAGGAUUAUCUGUCACCAGAGCCAAUGCAGAAGACACUGCUGCAAAGUGUUUGGAUAGCCCACCAGACAAAACUGUGGUCAAAGAAAGAAUACUGGAGAAAAUUGACCUCUCCAAAGGGAACUUUGUGAGCACCAAGUACAACCUCUCUGGUGGUUACAUCUCUUCAUUUCAAAAGAAAGAGGUUGGCUCAGUGGGACAGAGAAUCCAGCUUGCCCCCUUGGCUGGCCAGCAUGCAAUAAAUCUUUCUUCUUCUCCUGAUAAUAAAAAAGACAACCCAAAAUCUGCAAAACUCAAGCCUAUAUCCAACUCAUCAUUAAAAGAAACUGGUGAAGAAUAUGACGCCUGGAAGAAGAGGACAGACGGCACUCAGAUGAAGGGCGGCAGCUAUUCAGCAUUGGGAAAAAACUCUGGAAACCUCCUGACCAGAGCUCCUGCAGUGCAGCCCGUCCAUGGGAGGGUCGACUGGACAUCCAAAUAUGGCGGAAACCGGUAGUUUGGGGGAGCACAUGCUACAACUACUACCGCUUGUUAGUCUUUGGCUGAGAAAUUGAAUCCUGAGCAGGCUGCUUAACCAUGCUUACGCUCAGAUAUCAAGGGCGAGCACGUCCCACGUUCUUUGUUAUGUUUAUACAAGUAGGACCAAACUGUAUGUGCAUUGAAUCUCUGUGUUCUGGAGAUGAUGGUUGCCAUGAUGCUUAACCAGGACCGGUAUUGUCCUCAAGACAAUCCCACUGCAUCCUUCAGAUACAGUGGGAGCCAAUUUCAUUGUUAUUGCUUGGAUUUUUUCUUUUUUUCUUUUUUUUUUAAGUAGGACUCCAGCACAGCAUUUCAACUUUUUUUUUUUUAACUUUAGAUUUUUAAAAAAAUUCAUUUUCUCUAGUUUCAUAUAACAAAAUGUCUUUAAUGAAUGGUUCCUGUAAUGUUAUAUCCUCUCUGCUAUUAUUCAGCAUGUAGUAGGUAGGUGACACAAAAAAUCUUGAGUGUCAUAAAAAUACAGCAGACUCUGAAAACUGUAAGGGAACUGCAAACCUCUUUGUAAUACAUCAAUGAGUAAGCUGAAUUUUUUUUUAAACUUUUUUUAAAACAAAUAAACAAGUUCAAAGGUGCAUUCACUGAAAAAAAGACAACUAUUUACUAUAUAAACAAGAGGGUACAUUUAUUUCAUAAAUCUACACUUUUUUAAACAAAAGGACAAGCAGUAAAUGGCAAAUGCUGAGAGGGUGCUUCUGAAAAGAGCCACAGGAGCUGAUGGGAACUGAUAUUUCUUCCAUGAUUUCAACAUAUUAACUUCAUCAGGACUGUACAGGUUUCUGGAGCAACGCCAAGCUAAGCUUCCCCACCAUCAGAGCACUGAAACAAAAGGAUUACAUUAGACCUCAUUCAAAGAGCCAAAGUAUACAGUGGGGAAAAAAAAAAAAAAAAAAAAAAAAAAAAAUAUACAGAUUACUGGAAGUGGGGGAAAAAUAAAAUCCUUUGUAAAAUGUGGUUUUCUUGGCUACAAUGUAGUAUAUACAUAGAAAUGAGGAUAAAAUUAUUACUGCCUCGAUGAUAUUAAACGUUUUUGUCAUAAUAAUUUUUUUGUAAAUGGAGCAAGGAAUUUAUUAACAUAGCAUUUCCAAAUAAACUAGCCUUCUUUAGAAACCAUAAAUUAUUUCUAUUAGCACACAAUAACAGAAUUAUUUCAGAAAAAAAUAAAAGUUACCAGGGUCAAUAUUAAUGCUCCCCCUGACAAUUGACCUUUCUAUUGAGGCAUAGCACAAACCCCUGCAGUGCAUUGACGUGCUUUAACUUUUUAAUGCUCAAAGACUGGAAAAAU